AUGUCAGCGCUGUCUUCUAUAUGUGAGUAUAGAUCGGAUUCAGAAGACAGUGAUUGUGAAUUAGAUACCAAUCGCUUUAAAAGAGUAAGACUACCUCCGCCUAAUCUCAGUAAAGUACCUGUUGUGCCUUUAAGUGAACACAAAGACGAUCCUGAACUUCAUUUUGGCCGAAUGCGUUCUUUUCCUCAUGUUAGAGGAAAUUGGGCAACUUUUGUUUUUGUGCAAUAUCUAAAUGUGAGUUCAAUUCAUGACUUAUUAGACAAAUUGGAAGAAAAAGUUGUUUUGAAGACUGGAUCAUGUCACAGGUGUGACAAUUUUCAUAUUAGUUUGUCUAAGACUGUAGUAUUGAAGUAUCAUUUGAUAUCAGCCUUCAGUGCCUCACUUCAAGAACAAUUGAAGAGUAUUGAAAGUUUUGAACUGGGUUUUGUUGGUUUAAAAGUAUACUGCAACGAGGAAAAUUCAAGAACAUUUAUAUCCUUGACAUUAGAUCCAUUUACGGAGAAGUACUUGUUAGCAAUUACAAGAAAAGUGGAUCAAGUGUUAGAAGAUUUCAAAUUGCCGACUUUCUAUGAGGAUCCAUCACUUCAUAUGAGUGUGUUAUGGGUUCAUGGAAAUAAGAAAUCUGAGCUCAAUAGCAUUAUAGAGUCUAUGUAUGACACUUUUAUUGAAGAAUCUGUCAAGUCUCUCAAAACUAUCUUAGUAGAAAGUAUACAUUGUAAAGUUGGUAACAAACUAUUUCAGUAUUUGUUGAGUUGA